GAAAGCAUCUUUCAGACACGCGUGCUGUUAGCAGCACGCAAUUGCCCGGUGCCUGCAGAUAGUCCUGUAUACUCCAGCUGAUGGUUUAAUGGAAACGGAAUUUUGCUAUUUUAAGUUCAGUGACUCAGAACUUACUAAAGGAACAUUUAAUAUUUGACACGACAUGUCACUACUGCAGACUUCUGACGUCUUUCGAACUACCUGAUGAAGUGCCAAGCAGUGUCAAAACAGUGAGCGUGGAUAACCAAGCCGUGCGCGUUUCUCUGUAGCUUUCAAGUAGCCUAUUUGGUGACCGGCGAGUUUAAGAUGAGACGUUUGGUUGUUUUUUGGUUGUCUUCAACGUUUCUGUCUGUGGUGAAAGGACAUCCAACAUGUAACUUCCGCCUGGAGCUUGAGAAAGACCAAGCAGAAUGUUUUGUAAAGCUGAGGCACCAAGAAUCUUCAAAUGACUCCAAAGGUUACGGAUGCAAUGCGAUCUGGGAUAACAUAGCAUGUUGGGACCAUGCAGAUGUUGGAGAAACAGUGACCAUAGAGUGUCCGAGAGUGCUCAAGGCUUUCUUUGGCAGAAAUGGAAAUAUAAGCAAGAACUGUACAGCGGAGGGAUGGUCUGAAAGCUUCCCCAACAUAUCCAUGGUGUGUGGGGCGGACGACAACAAGGAUGAGCUUAUAUUCUAUGUGGUGGUUAAGUCUCUAUACACCCUGGGCCACAGCUUGUCUUUGAUCGCACUCAUUACCGGGAGCUCCAUCCUCUGUCUAUUCAGAAAACUCCACUGCACGCGGAACUAUAUUCACCUCAACCUGUUUUUUUCUUUCAUCCUGAGAGCGGUGGCAGUCCUCGUGAAGGACGACAUCCUCUUUUCUCAUAGCACACAGUGCUCUGAGCAGUCUUCACUGAUUGGAUGCAAGGCAAGUCUGGUGAUUUUUCACUACUUCAUCAUGGCCAACUUUUUCUGGUUGCUAGUUGAGGCCCUCUACUUACAUACGCUGCUGAUUGUCAUCUUCUCUGAAAACAGACACUUCAUCGUUUAUCUUCUCAUUGGGUGGGGAAUCCCAACAGUUUUUGUUUCUGCUUGGAUUUUGGCAAGGAUAUAUUUUGAGGACACUGGAUGCUGGGAACAGAAUAAUGAACCGAUCCCCCUCUCUGUGAUCAAUGGCCCGAUAAUUGUAGCUAUCAUGGUUAACUGCAUCUUGUUCAUCCGAAUUAUAAGAAUUCUUCUUCAGAAACUGAGGUGUCCUGACGUUGGUGGCAACGACCAAUCACAAUACAGGAGGUUGGCCAAAUCUACUCUGCUGCUGAUCCCUCUGUUUGGCAUCCAUUAUGUUGUCUUUGUGUCUCUCAAUGAAUCCAUGGCAAAUUACAAAAUCUUCUUUGAUCUCGCCAUGGGGUCCUUUCAGGGCCUCGUGGUUGCCAUCUUGUACUGUUUCUUAAACAGUGAGGUCCAAGGGGAACUGAAGAGAAAAUGGCGAAGUAUAUGCUUAAACUGUUAUAUGGCCAAAAACUCCAACAAGCACAACACCUAUGCCUCCAGAAAUGGCUCAGAGAACAUGGCCCAGUUCCAACGUAUCUCCCGUGCCCAGUCCUUUCUGCAGACUGAGACCAGUGUCUUGUGAUGGGUUAAAGAGGAGUUUGUUCCCAUUAAUCCGCUAUGGAACUCUGGUAAAUAAACACUACAUAAAACAAAAAGCAGCCCAUCAUUAUGGGCACUGAAAAGUUAGAUUGGCCCAGGGUAUUGGCAGAGAAAUUGCCCCAUUGAUGUUUAAAUCUAGGAUCUUCUUAAGAGUUUGUCACAUAAUGUGGGUUUGAAAAAUAAAACUUGGCAGAUGGCGGAAAGAGAUUUUUUAAAACAGAUUAUGCAUAAAUUAGACUGUAUUGCAGUAAUGUCAUACUUUAUAUAUUCAGAUAAUUAGUAGAUUCCAGAGACAAGAGCUCUUUAUGAAUUGCUUUACCUCUCUCUAUGGCUCUCUGUGCUGACAGGGAUUUCACACUGUGCUUAGUGACCUUAUACACCCAUGUGUUAUGAAAUAUAUAUAAUGUACUACUUUUUACAUACUAUUACUUUUUCCUUUGUUCAAAGGUAGCAAAUAGUAUACCAUUUCAAUAGUCACUUGUGAUCACCUUUAGACUGAAAAGAAAACCCACAAGAUUUACAGAUUGAAACAUAUUAAAUCAAAUUGUAAUUACUGAUAUUGAAAUGAGGCAUUAUUUUACGUGUUUUUUGCAAGGUUUCUUUAAAGAGGGCAUUUAAAAAAUAUAUAUAUAUAACGACUGAACAUAUGUGUUUACAGAGUCUGAAGUUUAACAUCAGGAGUUUGAGAAAACUGAUACGUUGAGUUUAUGUGAGAUAAUUGUAUUAAAGGGUAAUAAUGACAAAUAUCUACAAUUUGUGUAAGUUCCUAAAUUGCUUGAAGUAAUUGCCUCUCAGUGCAAGCAACUAUGUGAUGAAUGCCAGUUCUGGGUUUUAAAUCGGACCUUUUCUCACAUCACCUCCAUAGAUGGCUCGUUGGAUUAUUCAGUAAUCCCAUGAGGUUUGUCAAUGUUGUGUUUUUGCUGUGACAGAGCACUGUCAUUUUUUAUGUAGAUAAUUGUUAUUUUACAAAGUUCAAUCAAAAAGCAUUAGAGGGGGAGAGCAAUAUGACCAGAUGAUGCUAUAUUCGUGCCUCCUCAACCCUGCUCACCCUGACUAAGAGAGUUGUGUGUAUAGAGAGACAGUCCAAAAAUGACUUCAACCGAUUUAGGAACUAGACCAGUUGUUGACAUUCAUUGUUAUUCCCCUUUAACUGUGCAAAAAAGACUAUAAAGGGUUUUUCAUUUCUUCUAGCAGGGAAACCAUGUAUUUGGUUCCAGGGAGAAUCCUUUUUGGAAAGAGUUCUACCUGGUAUUGAAAUGCUUAACCAGUUUAUGGUUAAGCCUUUCAACCUAUAACCAAUAAUUCAACCUGUAACCUAAUGACAAUACUCUGCAUGUUUUUUCUACUCCCCUGUGAAUCCUUCUGCAAAUACAAAUCUGACUUAAA